AUGAGUGAGGCCAUCUUUGAAGUCCACAGAACUCUUGGCUUAACAUGUGGAGACAUGGGAUUUGUAUGGCAUAAAGAUGAUCCUGAGCCACUCAUAUCUCUUCCUGUUGCGAAAUCAUAUAUUACUUAUUAUGCAGGAUCUCUAAAGAUAAGGUAUCUAGGUCCUCAGUUCGAACACACAGUAAACAGCGUAGCUUCGUAUAAAGACUUGAUACUUGUGGCAGCUGGAAAUACCAUUUCAGCUUGGCAUAAAGUCAAACAAGAAAAGGUUUUCUCUGGAUCAAAAUCUGCGAUUUCAGAAAUUUUUGUAUUCGGCGAUUACUUAUUGGCAUUAAAUUUUUCAGCGGAAUUAUUAUGCUGUACUUUAUUGAAUUAUUUUAAGUAAAAAUAGGAAAAAAAUAUUAUUGUUUUUAUAAAGAAUAGGAUAAUUUGAAAUGCGGAGUCUGCAGAAUCCCUUGGAAAAAUGGCUUUAGUGCAUGAAGGAUUAAUUAUUUUACACCCUCCUACCUAUUUAAACAAAAUCAUCCUUGCACUAAAAGGUAAGCAGCUUUUAUUAAUAAACGUAAAAACCCAGUCAACUAUAUACAAUUUUCCAAAAAUCACCAACCAUAUUGACUCAGAAAUUACAAGUUUAGAACACAGCCCAGCUUUAGAUGUAUAUUUAAUAAAAUAGCCUAAUCUUUAAUUAUUAGAAGCUAAUCUCUUAUUAUAUGCAGUACAAGAUCUAGGUAUAUCAGUUUUAAAUAUUUUUUUUAUUUUUAAUAAGCAUAAUUGCAGUAGGCUUGGAAAAUGGAAAAAUUAUUUUUGCCGAUAUUUUGCAUGACAACGUCCUGUUUGAGCUCACCCAAAAUGGAGCAGUCACAAGCAUAAGUUUUUGCACCCAUCCAGGCAAAGAAAAGCUUGCAACUGGAAACUCCCAAGGACAAGUCCACAUUUGGGACUUACCUGAACAAAGGCUCCAAGCCACAAUUUCAGCCCAUCCUGGCUUCAAAGUUGACAAAGUUUUCUUUCCUCCUGGCGAGCCUUUAUUAAUAACCUCAUCAGGUCCUGACAAUUCCUUAAAACAAUGGGUCUUUGAAUUUUCAGACCCAGAGCCUCGCCUUUUAAAGCAGCGCUCCGGCUUCAACUCAUCACCCCACCACAUUCGAUUUUACAACCCUCAGCACAUUUUAGCCUGCUCCAACAACUCUUUAAGAGACUUAUCAAUCCUUAACGAGCACCAAAGCACUGACCUCUCAGUCAAACACAUCCACAAAGCUAUCAAAAAAUCCCAUAUCCAGUUUUCUAUUAAAAACUACAAAAGUUUCGAUUUUUCAGAAACCAGGGAAAAAGACUGGUGCAAUAUCCUGACUUGUCAUAAAAACCAAAAAGAGCCAUUGCUAUGGAGCUAUGAAAAUAAGGUACUUGGACAAAAGCCAAUUGAGGUAAAGCAGGACUCUGAGGUAACUGCCACAUGUGUAAGCCCGUGCGGAAAUUAUGGAGUAGCUGGGUUUGCAAAAAAUAUAAGCCAAAGAUGAAGUUAGCUCGAGCGACCGUGAGCUAUUUUUAAUUAAGCUAAUUUUUCUCCUACGGCGAAGUUUUUGCUUCUCAACGAGGUCUUCCUCAUGUUAAGCCCUUUCACUGGGUCAAUGGCCUUGGACUCCUAGGAUAUGAUGGCUGGCGACAUCAAGGCGUGUAGACGAAGACUAAUUAGUGUAGACUACCAGAGUAUGCGAUGAUUCAAAGUUGGUAGAGAGGAGAAUCGUCUAAGACAAGAUGGAAAAGUCAUCUCAUCGGAAUCCAAAUGAUGAGAUACAAGCUAAUUGGGUGUAAACAUAUUGAAGGCGAGUCUUUUGAUCAAGACAAUGGAGUGAGUUGAGAAGUAAAUCGCUUUGCCAUCGUUAACGGUGGGUAAUAACGGCGUUGAUGCCUAGCGCAGUGAGCUUUGGCUCUGCUAUAAAUUGUAUAAUGACCUCUAAAUGCAAAGUUAAGGUUAAGGUUAAGCUGGGUUUGCAAGCGGAAAAUUGGAGAAAUUUAAUAUGCAGUCUGGCUUGCAUCAAUUUGAAUUCAAAGGUGAGCACUCUUCACAGUUGGUUGGAGUUUGUAUUGAUGCCCUUAAUAGAAUUAUGAUUUCUUCCUCCAGUUCUGAGCUUGUGUUCUGGGAUUUUCUGUCUGGGAAGCUUCUUAAAAGAGUUCAAUUAGCAGGACAGGCUUUAUUAAUAGAGCUGGAUAGAUUUAGUAAUAUGCUAGCAGUUGUUAUGGAAAAUUUAAUAGUCCUUUAUGAUAUACGCAGUGGGAAAAUUACAAGAGAAUUCGCAGCAUCAGGGGUAAAGGAUUUAAGCUUCAGCUAUGAUUCAAGAUGGCUUGCAGCUUGUGAAGAAAAAACUAUUAAGGUCUGGGACAUCCCAAGCAGUAGGCUAAUUGAGUGGCUUCAGUUUGACUCCGCCCCUGUCAGCCUAGCAUUUGCGCCAUCAGGGGAAUUCUGUUUAAUUUUAAACAAAUUGCGUUUUAAAACAUAAAUUUUGCAAAUUAAAUUAAUAUUUGCUUCCCAAUUUUUGCAAAUUAGGAUUUUUUUAAAUUUCGAAAAAAAUAUUUUUUAUAAAAUUUAUAUAUAAAUUUUUUUUUAAAACAAAAAAAUUAACCCCCCUCCGUGAGCGAACAAAAUUUUUUUGUUCGCUCACGGAGGGGGGGGGGGAGUUAGCAACAGCCCACGAGGGCUGCUUAGGUGUCUAUUUGUGGAUGAACAAGGCUUAUUUCCAGACUAUAAUCAUAGAGAAAUCUCCCAAAAAGCCGAGAAAAAUCAAAGGUUUUGAAGCAAGCAAAGGGAAAAAUAUUUAUUCUUCAAAAUUCAUCGACGUGCAGCAGCUCGUUACACAGCCAAAUGAGCUGCCUGCAGACUCUAUAACACAAUUUGACAAACUCCCAGAAGUUCCUGAUCAUUCUUCAAUAAAAACAUCAGAUAUCCCAUACCACAGAAUUCAAGCCCUUUACAACCUGGACGACAUUAAAGAAAGAAACAAGCCAAUCAAGCCUCCAAAAAAGCCUGAAAAAGUGCCAUUUUUCUUACCAGACUCUCUUAACAUUGUCAAAGCCCAAGUCCCUACACAAGAAGACGACAAACCAAGGAAAAAAAUCAAAUUCGACGAGUCAGACCUUACCCCCCAUCUUCAGCACUCUUCUGAAUCCGUCACAAACUACCUCAAAACCUUAUCCCCUGGCAAAAUCGAACUUAACAUCCUCACCCUAUCUGACGAAGAAGUCCCUCUAUUUACCUCCUAUCUCCUCGAAGCCUUAAAAUCCUCUCCAGACUACGAUUUCCUCCAAAGCAUUUUGGCUUGUUUUUUACGUAUCCACGGUGACAAGCUCUCCAAAACCCAAGCUUCUUCUUUAUCUACAAUUCAAACAGAAAAAUGGGAGCAUCUCGAGUCUCAAUUCAUGCAGGACUUAUCAGGGCUAGAAAGACUUCUUCCAUUCUAUUACAUCUAA